AUGAUGGCCCCAGUCGACUCCGCAGGAUGGGCGAGCCUCUCGACGAUUCGGAGUCUGAUUAUCUCCGACCGAAAUAUGAGAGUGGCUGGCUCACUCGUGCAGAGAAUAUCGACACUCAUCCGCAUUUUCUCCCUGAACUGCUCCCGCGCCAUCAUGUCUGCUACCACCACAUCCACCACGACGGGCUCGCUGUCCGUCCUCGCUGACUACGAGGUUCACCACAGCGGGACUGAACAAAACGACACGCUUGCUACCACCUUCUCAGACUCACCAGGUGCCCCGCCAGCUUCAGAAUGGGCGUCGCACUGGCGUCGUAUGCCGGCGUAUCGACCGGUGAACCGACAUCUCGACCUGGCCGAGCGUCCAGCGGGCAAUGGACACCCGGCAGAGUAUGCUUUUAUCCAGAUCAUGUUGCACGGCUGCUGGAUCAACUCAACUAUCUCCAAGAUCUGGAGAGCCACGGGUGGCAAAGUUAACGACAAGAUCUUCUACUACGAUAUUGGCGGAGAAUUUUGA